AUGACGUCCGAAUCCGGCGAACGGAGGACGGCGAGGCUCGGUACACCUGCACCGGAACAACUGGCUUGCCCCCGCUGCGACUCAUCCAACACAAAGUUCUGCUAUUACAAUAACUACAACCUGUCACAGCCCCGCCACUUCUGCAAGUCCUGCCGCCGGUACUGGACGCGAGGUGGCUCGUUGCGCAACGUCCCCGUCGGCGGUGGUACAAGGAAAUCAGCCUCCUCCCACAAACGCUCCCGCACCACCUCCACCGCCUCCGCUCCCACCUCUACCUCAAGCAGCUCGGUUUCUAAUGUAAUGACUCAAGCUCACGACCCGAUUGAUACGAACCCGAUUUCCGUGGGUGUAAAUUCCGGGCCGGGUUCUUUAGUGAACUUGAAUGAUUCUGUUCUUCCAGGGACAGAGAGCUUCAGUUCUUGGUUUAGUGGACAAAUGGGUAUGGGUGAUGGGAUUUUACCUUUGAAUGGAAACGGGCCUGGGCCGGGUCUGAGUUAUGGGCUUGGGGUUUUGGACUGGCACAUGGAGGCAGUGGGCGGCGAAAAUGGUGGCGCCGCCGUUACUGGUGGGUCAACUGGUUGCGACACAUGGCAGAUGAAUGAGACGGCAGAGGGUGAUUGCUUUGCUUGGCCGGAACAUGCUAUUUCUACAUCCACACUUGGGAAAGGUCUUAAUUGA